AGCAGCAGCAGCCAUCAGCCGGUGACGACGCGCGGGUAGAUAGGACAAGGGAGUGGGAGACACAGGGUGUGUGUGAGAGAGAGAGAGUUCGAAGCCGCCAUGGAGAUGAGCAGAAGCUGGCAAGAACUCGGCGUCGUCGACACCAUCUACGAGGACGACCACGAGGAGGAAGAGGAAGAUGAGGAGGGGGAGGAGUGUUUCGAUUCGCCCACCAUGUCGUCGUCUCCGGCGGCCACGUCGCGGUCGUGCUCACCUGCGCCGGCGGCGGACGCGCGGCCGUUCACCACGCCGCCGGUGCUGAAGGACGCGGUGCGAGAGUGGUCGCGGGCGAACGGGCCGUGCAAGCCGGAUGUGAUCGUCCGUGUCCAAGAACAUUGCUUCGCUCUGCACAGGGAUCCGAUCACGUCGCAGAGCAGCUACCUGAAGCGGCGGCUGUCGGAGUCCAGUGACAUCGCCGUGGACCUGCCGGCGGGCCUGACCGUCGACGCGUUCAUCGACGCCGUCGCGUCGUGCUACGGCGCCGAGGUGGCGCUGUCGCGGGGGGGCCUCGCGGCGGCUUGGGCGGCGGCGGACUGGCUGGAGCUGCGCGCCGACGAGGACGGGCUGGCCCGGCGCGCGGAGGACUACUUCUUCCAGGAGGUGGCCACGGACCACGGCCGCGCCGCGGCGGUGCUGCGGUCGUGCACGGCGUUCCUCGGCGGCGAGGCGGCCGGCGCGGGGGCAGCGCUGCUCGUCCGGUGCCUCGAGACGCUCGCGUCGUCCGGGGGCGCCGACGGCAGGUGGCUCGAGGACGUGGCGGCGCUCCCCGUCGAGGAGUUCGAGGUCGCCGUGGAGGCCAUGCGCGCGCGCUUCGCGCACGACCACGACCUCAUGUACACCAUCGUGGAUCACUACCUCGAGAAUCACAAGGGGAAGCUGACGGAGGAGGAGAAGAGCCGGGUGUGCUACAGCGUGAACUGCACCAAGCUGUCGCACCACCUCUUCAUGCACCUCGUCCAGAACCCGCGCCUCCCGCUCCGCUUCGUCGUGCAGGCCAUGCUCGUCGAGCAGCUCCACUCCCACCACUCCAUGCUGCUCAGCGGCCACCACCACCACGCCGCCGCACCGAGCUCCGCCGCGGCGGCGCCUUCUGCUCUCCUCAAGGGCUCCCUCUCCGGCGCCUUCGGGGGUGGCUGUGGCUUCGCCGCCGCCGCCGCGGGGGACGCCGCCAGCGGCAUGACGCUCGGCGACAUCCUCCAGCGCGACGCCGUGCUGCGACAGUCCGCGCACAUCAGGGCGUCCAUGCAGGCCACCAGCCAGCGGAUCGACAGCCUCGAGCGCGAGCUCGCCGGGCUGCGCACGCGCCUGCGCCGCUCCGAGCAGGCCGCCGCCGCCGCCGCCACGGCCACGGCAUCGGCCGCGAUAGACCGCGCGUCCGCCAAGUCCGCCAGCUUCCGGAUCCCGCGCAGCCGGCUCUGGGACGGCGAGGACAUCGUCGCGGCGCCGUCCACUGCCGCGAGGGACAGCACGAACGCCAAGGGCAAUCUCAAGUCUCGGCUGGUGCUCGGGUUCAAGAACCUGUUCGGCCGGAGGCCAGUGACCGUCUCCGCGCAGCCUGCGUCCGGCGAACGCGCCGCUGCACGCGUGAACGACAAAGCCAGGUCUGCCGAUGUGCCGGAGCUGGACGCCGACGCCGACGCCGAUGCCGAUGAGCUGGUUUGCAAGGAGGAGAGGACGCAGCCUCACCAGAGGAACCUGUCCAUGGUGUGAUCAGAGCAAGUGCGUUCAUGGUGAAUGCGAUGCAUAUGCAUGCAUGAUCUGUGUGGUAUAUACAUCUAUCAGGAGAAGUGAUCUCAGCCUCAUCUUGUUGCCACUAUCUGUGCACGGCCAUAUGAUAUUUUCGCUGUUAAUUUGUAAGUUCCUGCUUUUUUUAUGGCAAAAAUUUGGUCCAGUUGUACAACUCAAAAGUCAGCUUUGAUCAAUGAAUGCUUAGAGAAAUUACUGCAGAAUUGCGGUCUUAACAGUUUCUUUGGUUUAAUGCUAGCCUCAAUGAAAAA